UUCAACCAGUAACUUGAUUACUCGAUCAAGUUGUUGCUUUUCUAACAAUGACAUGGAUCAACAUUUGCUUUCCCUUCUGAAGGAAAGGGGUUUUUUCCCUUUGUCGGCUGCUCUAUUGUCAUCUUCUGCUUUAUGGUCUCACGCUGCCUGCACGAUGGACUUGUUUGUGGAUAUUGUAUCGUACUUUGAGGCCAUUGUUCUUUCUCUUCUUUCUUCUCGCUCAGGGUUGAUAUUUCUUGGUCGCGACCCUGAAGUUGCCACUAUAAUAAUUCAUGCCUUAAGGGGUGCUGAUAAUUGGAAGAAGGAAGAGUCCAUUUCCCUUCGACAUGCAUCUGUCCUAAUAUCCAAGGGUUACUUUUGUCAUCCACGUGAUGUUGCACUGAUCAUUGAGAUGCAUUUGAAGGCAAUCACUGCCAUAGAUCGUUUAGUGACAUCAAGUCCAGACUCUGAAGAUUUGUUGUGGACAGUAUGGCAGCUCUGUAGUCUUGCCAGAUCUGAUUGUGGACGCCAAGCUUUGUUGGCUCUGGUUCAUUUCCCCGAGGCUCUUUCAGCUUUAAUUGCGAUACUACACUCAGUCAAGGAAUUGGAUCCAGUUUCCCCAAAUAGUGGAGCUCCACCUUUGAACCUUGCUAUCUUUCACUCUACGGCUGAAAUUCUUGAGGUCAUUGUUUCGGACUCAAGUGCAUCUUCUCUGGGGUCUUGGAUUGGACAUGCUAAAGAACUUCAUAGAGUCUUACAUUCCUCCUCCCCAGGAUCCAGCAAAAAAGAUGCUCCUGCGAGGCUUUUGGACUGGAUUGAUGCUAGUGUGGUGUACCAUAGAAGUGGAACAAUUGGUCUUUUACGCUAUACUGCUAUUUUAGCUUCUGGUGGGGAUGCUCACAUGGCCUCAACAAGUGUUUUGGCAUCUGAUGGCAUGGAUGUUGAUAAUGUCAUUGGGGAUUCUUCCUGCACUGAUGGUAAUAUCAUAGAGAAUAUGCUUGGGAAAGUGUUGGAUCUUUCCCAACUGUUGACCCCAUGUUGGAUGUUUAAAGUGUUCAUAACAUACUAUGAAUGUGAAAUUCUAUCAUACAUUGUAUCUGAAAGUAAAAGAAAAUAA